AUGAGGAGAGGAUGGGCACCUACGCUUGCGCCCCUGUUUCCGGCCCGAGGACUCUGGGGGUUAAUUUGGGGUGUUUUAUCAGCGUUGGAUGGAGGCUGGAGGCAGUUCCCCGCUGUAGCUACCUCUGCCUUCCACUCUUCAGUUGAGUUUGGCGGCUGAAUCUUAGGGACGACGAAGUGGCAGGCAGGGGUUCGGUCCCUGUCAUGGAUGAAGGCUGUUCCCGCAUCCGCCGGCGGGUGUCUUUCCGCAAAAGGACCCGUCCUAGCAUUUUUGCCGCCCCCACCGCGGCGGAGCUCAAGUCGGACGAUGAGGAGGAGGAAGAGAUGGUGGCCGAGUGCCGGAGGCGGAAAACCGUGGGGGUGCAACCGAUCGAGCAUUAUGACAGUGAAGAGGACAUGUUUGGUGACUAUGACAGCUUUGCCGAGAACUCCUUUUUAGCUCAAGUUGAUGACCUGGAGCAAAAGUAUAUGCAGCUUCCUGAACAUAGGAAACACGCUACAGACUUGGCCACUGAAGGUCUUUGUUCAGAAAGUGAUGAAAACAAACUCAGCAUUCCCACUGUGUUUCCUGAAUCAAAAACUGAUGAGCACACAAAGAACCAGAGUGGACCUGAAGAUGUCCCUGUUGAACAUGGACCUGAUCUGCCUUCCUCACAGGUUUUAUUCUUUGAAAAUUUGCAGAACUCGUCAAAUGAUUUGGGUGAUCAGUCUACUGAAAAAAAGGAUCAGAGCUCAUUCUCUCACAAGACCGGAGAUGAAGAAUUGUCCCUUAAUCUCAUAGAGCAGCCCCAGCAAGGCAAUGACUUCUCUACUAAAGUCAGAACGAGUUCAGAUACAAAUAGGAGAAAAAGUGUUAAGGAUCAUCUCAAAAGUGCCAUGACUGGAAAUGCCAAGGCCCAAACACCAGUAUUUUCCAGGAGUAAGCAGCUGAAAGAGACUCUCCUAUCUGAAGAAAUUAAUGUUGCCAAGAAAACAAUUGAGUCAUCGUCAGAUGACCUUGGUCCUUUCUAUUCAUUGCCCAGCAAAGUUCGAGACCUUUAUGUUCGGGUCAAAGGAAUUGAAAAAUUAUAUGAAUGGCAGCAUACUUGCUUAACACUGAAUUCUGUGCAAGAGAGAAAAAAUUUAAUAUACUCCUUGCCAACAAGUGGUGGGAAAACCCUGGUGGCCGAGAUUUUAAUGCUACAAGAACUGCUUUGCCGGCGGAACGAUGUUUUAAUGAUCCUUCCUUACGUGGCAAUUGUCCAAGAAAAGAUAACAGGCCUGUCAAGCUUUGGUAUAGAACUUGGUUUCUUUGUUGAAGAAUAUGCUGGAAGCAAAGGAAGAUUUCCUCCAAUAAAAAGACGGGAAAAGAAAUCACUGUAUGUUGCCACUAUCGAGAAGGGGCAUAGCCUGGUGAACUCCUUGAUUGAAACAGGGAGGAUUAGCAGUCUGGGUCUGGUGGUUGUCGAUGAGCUGCACAUGAUUGGUGAAGGAAGCCGUGGGGCUAUACUGGAAAUGACCCUAGCAAAAAUCCUCUACACUAGCAAGACAACUCAAAUUAUUGGUAUGAGUGCAACACUAAAUAAUGUUGAAGACCUACAAGAGUUUCUUCAAGCAGAAUAUUAUACCAGUCAAUUUAGACCAGUUGAACUGAAAGAAUAUCUAAAACUAAAUGAUAGAAUAUAUGAGGUUGACAGCAAGGCUGAGAAUGGCAUGACUUUUUCACGUGUCCUGAAUUAUAAGUACUCUGACACUCUGAAAAAGAUGGAUCCUGAUCAUUUGGUAGCAUUAGUGACAGAAGUUAUUCCCAAUUAUUCCUGCUUGGUUUUUUGUCCCACUAAGAAGAAUUGUGAAAACGUAGCAGAAAUGAUAUGCAAAUUCUUAAGCAAGGAAUAUCUGAAGCACAGGGAGAAAGAAAAAGAUGAGGUGAUUAAGAACCUGAAGAGCAUCAGCAGUGGCACACUGUGUCCUGUUUUAAAGCACACUAUCCCUUUUGGAGUGGCCUACCACCACAGUGGUUUAACCAGCGAGGAACGGAGGCUUCUGGAGGAGGCCUAUUCCUCAGGCGUCCUCUGUCUGUUUACCUGCACAUCUACCCUAGCAGCAGGGGUCAACCUGCCAGCUCGAAGAGUUAUUUUAAGAGCUCCCUAUGUUGCUAAGGAGUUUUUAAAGAGAAAUCAAUAUAAACAGAUGAUUGGUAGAGCUGGCCGUGCUGGAAUAGAUACUAUUGGAGAGAGUAUCCUUAUCUUGCAAGAAAAAGACAAGCAACAGGUAUCUGAGUUAAUAAGCAGACCACCGGAAAACUGUUACAGCCAUCUUGUUCAGGAAUUCACCAAGGGAAUACAAUCUUUGUUUCUGUCUUUGAUUGGAUUGAAGAUUGCAACAAAUCUUGGUGACAUUCAUCACUUUAUGAAUGGUACAUUUUUUGGUGUUCAGCAAAAGAUUUUAUUGAAAGAAAAGAGUCUCUGGGAAGUAACUGUCGAGUCACUGAGACACCUGACAGAGAAAGGACUCCUACAGAAAGACACUAUUAAUAACUCUGAAGAAGAGUGCCGAUGUGAUUUUCACAUUACAAAACUGGGACGAGCUUCUUUUAAGGGAACUAUAGAUUUAGCUUAUUGUGACAUUCUCUACAGAGACUUGAAGAAAGGUCUUGAAGGCCUUGUGCUGGAAAGCUUUCUCCAUCUCAUCUACCUAACAACUCCCUAUGACCUGGUUCCCCAGUGUGACCCAGACUGGAUGGUAUACUUCAGGCAGUUUAGCCAGCUCAGUCCCGCAGAACAAAGCGUAGCUUCUCGUCUUGGAGUCUCUGAAAGCUUUAUUGGGAAGAAGGCAUCCGGUCAAGCCAUCAGAAAGAAGGUGGACAAGAACAUUGUCAACCGACUGUACUUGUCUUUUGUUCUUUAUACCCUGCUCAAAGAGACCAACGUUUGGAGUGUGUCUGAAAAAUUUAACAUGCCUCGAGGAUACAUACAAAAUCUUCUCACCGGAGCUGCCUCAUUCUCAUCUUGUGUGUUACAUUUCUGUGAGGAACUUGAGGAGUUUUGGGUUUACCGAGCCCUGUUGGUGGAACUUAUCAAGAAGCUAACGUACUGUGUAAAGGCAGAGCUGAUUCCUCUCAUGGAAGUGACCGGAGUUCAGGAGGGUCGAGCAAAACAAUUGUUCAAUGCAGGUUACAAAAGCCUAACGCACUUAGCUAAUGCAGAUCCGGAAGUGCUAGUAAGGACAAUUGACCAUUUAUCAAGACGCCAGGCCAAGCAGAUUGUUUCCUCAGCAAAGAUGCUGUUACAAGAAAAAGCAGAGGCAUUGCAGGAAGAAGUAGAAGAGUUACUGAGGUUGCCUCCUGAUUUCCCUGGCACCAUGGCUGCCUCCAUUGAAAAGGCAUGAAGCUAUCUGAUGAUUUCAAACAUGAAUUAUUUAUUCUCCAUAUAUUUUAUUACAGAUUCUUUAUACUUAUGAAAGAAAAAUAUAUUUUAAUUAUACAUUCAGAUCUGUGCUUAGUGUUUGAAUAAUUGAAAUAACUUUCUCAGGAAUAAUUCAUCUUCUUUGAUACUUAUAUACUGUCUCUGAUCAGAAAUCUAUAGUGUCUACUAUAGAAUGAAACCCAAUUUUCUUAAUGUGACUCCAGCCUACUUUUUUUUUUAUAGAUUUAUUUAUUUAUUUGAAAGGCAGAGUUACAGAGAGGCAGAGGCAGAAAGAGAGAGGUUGGUAGGUCUUCCAUCCGCUGAUUUACUCCCCAAUUGGCCAAAACAGCCAGAGCUGUGCUGAUCCGAAGCCAGGAGCCAGGAGCUUCUUCCAGUCUCCCACUUGGGUACAGGGGCCCAAGGACUUAGGCCAUUUUCCACUGCUUUCCCAGGCCAUAGCAGAGAGCUGGAUCAGAAGUGGAGCAGCCGGGACUCAAACCAGCACCCACAUGGAAUGCUGGCACUGCAGGCAGCGGCCUUACCGGCUACGCCACAGCACUGGCCCCAAAAAAUAUGUCUUUGUCAAUGUGAUGAUAAGUUCCUGGAAGCUGUCAAAGAGAACCAACUAUAACAAUGCUUUUGUAUCCAGGGUGGGUGCUACUUCUUAUACUGGGAUGGAAUUCAAAGCUAUGUGGAGAACUUGUGUAGGAAAGUUCUCACCUAUGGAAGCGUCAAGCCUUGGGGAGAGGGGUGGCUAACAUCACCUUUCCCUUAAAAACACCAGCAUAGAGAUUUGUUGAGACUGUGGACAGAACCAAAAAGGCUUACUGUAUUGGACUAGAACUUGGGAGCUCUUUGACAGAAAAGUCUUCUUUGAGUGGUGCUUGCUUAAGCUUACAGUACAAGGCAAAAGCAAAGUUGGACAUCUGGAAGAUCUUGGUGAAGCUGGGCAACCUGGAGAUGGGCAGGCCAGCUCAGAGCUUGGACAAAAAAUGAAAAAUGGAAAACCUGAUACCACGUUGGAAUUGCUGACAUUUUAAUGCUCUGAAGCCCAAUAUGAAGGUGCUACAGUUACCGUCCUUCUCUGAUGCUUUAUGUAAUCAGGCAGCAUCACAAAUGCCACAUUGGAACCUUGACUUUACCUAAAAUUCAAUUUAAUGGAAGGAGGCUGGCAGAAAGUCAGCUUGGUAUCUUUCUAAAUGGAAUCUGUUCCAAUUGCAGUCACUGAGUUACCCGUCUUUUCCACUGGGACUUGAGUAUCACCUGUACCAGCUACCCUCUCCUCUGCCUAGCACCUCUCCUGUCUUCUGAAAAAAACACAACCAAUUUUAUUCCCUGGCCACGAAGGUGAGAAAUGGACACAGGCUGGACCCAUCAGAACCCUUCUCAGUGAUGUUUCUAACUGUAGUUGGUAGCUUUGAGUGCUAUUUCGCUUUGAUCUUGAAGCUAACAGGAAGUCAGUCUUGAGUUGCCUGCCAAGGAGGAGGCGGCAAAUACUGGGGGAGGGAAGAGUCACUAGUUCUCGCUGCUCUAUGGCAGUUCGGUUGCUGCUCAGACUUUGAGAAUGUGGCCACUAAAUAUUCUUUUGUUUAAGCUUUAUAUACUUGGGUUUCUAUUACGCAUAACUGAAAAAAACAUGUUUAUUAAAGUUCUUAAAUGUCUUUGGGUCUGUACUCCGUUCCUGCUGACCUAUUUUUCUGUUCUUUUCUAGACUUACACUGUUUCAAUUUCUUUACAUUUUAAUAUCUUAUGGCUAAUCUCCCAUCAUUACACUUGAUACAGACUCAGUUAGGUUGACCUAGAGAAACAAUGAUGGAGAUAUGUAUUUGUGUGCAUGUGUGUAUCAUUCAGGAUACUGGCAUUUUAGUUCCUAUCAAGGUACCCUUCUGCUCCCCUCCCACCUCUAGUCUUAAUACAUUAUUCUGGGGGCCGACUCUGUGGCGCAGCAGGUUAAAGCCCCUGUCUGCAGCGCUGGUAUCCUAUAUGGGCACCGGUUCGAGUUCUGGCAGCUCCACUUCCUAUCCAGCUCUCUGCUAUGGCCUGGAAAAGCUGUAGAAGAUGGCCCAAGUCCUUGGGCCCCUGCACCUGUGUGACAGACCUGAAGGAAGCUCCUGACUCCUGGCUUCGGAUUGGCGCAGCUCCAGCCAUUGUGGCUAUCUGGGGAGUGAACCAGUGGAUGGAAGACCUCUCUCUCCCUCUUUCUGCCUCUGUCUCUCCAUGACUCUGCCUUUCAAAUAAAUAAAUCUUUAAAAAAAUACAUUAAUCUGGGAUGAUAAAUUGGUCUCUUGGUUAGCAAAAAUCAGAGCCUUACUUACUUGGACAAAUCAAUAAAACGGGUUUCAAGCUGUUAAAAAAGCAGACUGGACUAUGGCCUACUGUGAGCACAACUCAGAGGCUGGCUAAAGAUGCCAGCAGGCGAGCCAGCUGCUCUCUCACGAUUGCUUUAGCUGCAACAAAUGGACCCCAUGCAAUGAACCCCAAGAUUCCACUAAGUCAUUAGGGUGCCAGACUCUGACUUGGAUAAAGUGUGUCAGGAUGGCAUGGGUAAUUGGAUGUAAUGCUAGGGGAAAAAAAAUCAAGGCCAAGUGAAGGGAACAUCUAGGAAGGAAUAAUAUGGGCAAAUCUGCUGAGAAUAUUAUAUAAUGGCUAAGUACCUGGCCUUUAAACUGGGACUGCAUGGGUUUGAAUCUCUGUUUUGCAAGUAACUAGUAGAAGUGGGCUUGGGCAAGUUACUUUAACCUUUCUGUGUCUCCGUUUAUUCAUCUAUAAAAUGGGAAUGAUAGUUGUACCUGUCUCCUAGGGUUUUAUUAAAUUAUUCACAUAAAGCACUUAUACCAGUGCCUGGCAUACAGAAAGUAAUGUGUAACUGACUGCAAUAUUCUAACGGUCUAAAAUGUUAAGACACUGGAGCCUGGAGUUGUGGCACAGAUGGAUAAGCUGCCAUUUAGAAUGUCUGCAUUGCAUAUCAGCUGACUACUCCAUGUCUGAUCCAACUCCCUACUAAUGUGUUUGGGAAGCAGCAGACAUUAGCUCAAGUACUUGAGUCCCUGCCACCCAAGUAGGAGACCCCAAUGGCUCCUGGCUUUGGCCUGACCUGGAAGUGGCUACUGUGGGCAUUUGGAGUGAACCAGCAGAUAGAUCUGUUUCUCCCUCUCUCGCUCUGUCAUUCUUUCAACCAAAUAAGUAAGUAAAACUUAAAUAAAUAGAUGUUAAGACACAAACUUAAACUGUGGAUCUAUUUGCCAAGCUUCCAAUGGAAGUCAUUUAGACAACUAAAUAGAAUUUAAAUCAAACCAGUUCAGUACUCACAAAUCCUGUUGGCUAUCAGUUUUUUUCUUAUACUAGGGUCAUCUGCAUUUGAGUUGUAAUUUUCAAAUUGUUGUUUAGGGUAAGAUUCACUC